AUGGCUUGCGCGGAUGAUACCCUCGCGGCUGCUACUGCCAUCCUCCAAGGUCUUGCGAGAGAUGCCCCUUCAUCCGGAUCUCCCUCCUUCGACUUCAACUUCUCCGCAAAUGGCUACGACGCGAAACUCGGAAAACUUCCCGGAGAGCCCAGUGUAGCCAAGGUCGCCUUCGAAAAUGAGUUAGAAGCCUUGGUCCGUCGGGUUCAUCGGCUAGAAGUCCAAUCUGUCAGUAAUAAAGCAUCCCUCGGAACCCCAGUUCAGUUUUCUGAGUACUCUCUCGCCUCCAACGGGAGAGAACAUGAUGUUUUGUCGUCUUUUGGUCUUUCUCGUGUGUCACCCGAUAACGCUUCUGACUCUUCUUGCACCUUGCAGCAACAAAACUCCGGCCGGAAAACCCAUCACGGAAACAAGGCUUCCAAACCGGGAGAGCGCGACAUCGACGAUAGUGAGGAUGAGGAAAGCGAUGACGAGGAUGCCGGAUCAAGGACACGAUUGGUACGCGAGGAAGAUAUCAGCUAUCUACGGAAUCAUGUACAGAAACAGGCGGAGGAAAUAAGUUUUCAGAAGGAUAUCAUAACCCAGGUCCGUGAAGAGUUACAACAACAGGAAGAGCAAACGCGACGGGCCCUGACAAAGGUUGAGAAUGAGGAUGUGGUGCUCCUUGAACGAGAGCUGCGCAAACACCAGCAAGCCAACGAAGCGUUCCAGAAGGCUUUACGAGAAAUCGGGGGCAUUAUCACCCAGGUCGCAAAUGGAGACUUGUCCAUGAAAGUGCAAAUCCAUCCCUUGGAGAUGGACCCCGAAAUCGCUACUUUCAAGCGAACAAUCAACACCAUGAUGGACCAACUACAGGUUUUUGGUAGCGAGGUGUCGCGUGUCGCUCGUGAGGUCGGAACCGAAGGUAUUCUUGGUGGCCAAGCCCAGAUCACAGGGGUCCAUGGUAUCUGGAAAGAACUGACGGAGAACGUCAACAUCAUGGCCAAGAAUCUGACCGAUCAAGUGCGUGAAAUCGCGGCGGUUACUACCGCGGUCGCCCAUGGUGAUCUUAGCCAAAAGAUCGAGAGUCGGGCCCAAGGUGAAAUUCUUGAGCUCCAGCAGACUAUCAAUACCAUGGUGGACCAACUUCGUACAUUUGCAACCGAGGUCACCCGUGUCGCGCGUGAUGUCGGUACGGAGGGUGUUCUUGGGGGUCAGGCUCAGAUUGAAGGUGUCCAGGGCAUGUGGAAUGAACUUACGGUUAAUGUGAACGCUAUGGCGAAUAAUUUGACAACCCAAGUGCGAGAUAUUGCGACCGUCACCAAAGCCGUCGCCAAGGGUGACCUGACCCAGAAGGUCCAGGCAAACUGCAAAGGAGAAAUCGCAGAACUGAAGAAUAUCAUCAAUUCUAUGGUUGACCAACUCCGCCAAUUCGCCCAGGAAGUCACAAAGAUUGCCAAGGAAGUCGGUACGGAUGGUGUACUCGGAGGUCAAGCGACUGUGAAUGAUGUGGAAGGCACAUGGAAGGAUUUGACCGAGAAUGUCAACCGCAUGGCUAACAACCUGACCACCCAAGUCAGAGAAAUUGCGGACGUUACCACCGCCGUCGCUAAAGGCGAUUUGACCAAGAAAGUCACCGCGAACGUCCAGGGUGAGAUUUUGGAUCUUAAGAGCACCAUCAACGGUAUGGUGGACCGACUGAAUACUUUCGCGUUUGAAGUCAGCAAGGUCGCCAGAGAGGUCGGAACUGAUGGUACUCUGGGUGGUCAAGCCAAGGUAGACAACGUGGAAGGAAAGUGGAAGGAUCUCACCGACAAUGUGAACACUAUGGCCCAGAAUUUGACAUCCCAAGUCCGAAGUAUCUCGGACGUCACCCAAGCUAUUGCCAAGGGUGACUUGAGCAAGAAGAUUGAAGUGCAUGCCCAGGGAGAGAUUCUCACCCUUAAGGUCACAAUCAAUCACAUGGUGGACCGACUCGCUAAAUUUGCAACGGAACUGAAGAAGGUCGCACGGGAUGUCGGCGUCGAUGGCAAGAUGGGUGGCCAGGCCAAUGUAGAAGGCAUCGCUGGAACUUGGAAGGAGAUUACGGAGGACGUCAAUACCAUGGCAGAAAACUUGACAUCGCAGGUGCGCGCUUUUGGUGAAAUUACAGACGCGGCAACUGAUGGUGAUUUCACGAAACUCAUCACCGUUAACGCCUCCGGUGAGAUGGACGAAUUGAAGCGGAAGAUCAAUAAGAUGGUGUCGAACCUCCGUGAUAGUAUUCAGCGAAACACUGCUGCCAGGGAGGCCGCCGAGUUGGCGAACCGCACCAAGUCCGAGUUCCUGGCCAACAUGAGUCACGAAAUUCGAACUCCUAUGAACGGUAUUAUCGGCAUGACACAGUUGACUUUGGACACCGAUGACCUCAAGCCUUAUACUCGAGAGAUGUUGAACGUCGUGCACAACUUGGCGAACAGUCUGCUAACGAUCAUUGACGAUAUUCUGGAUAUUUCGAAGAUUGAAGCCAACCGAAUGGUCAUCGAAAGUAUCCCCUUCACGGUGCGCGGCACUGUUUUCAAUGCUCUCAAGACAUUAGCGGUAAAGGCCAACGAGAAAUUCCUCAGCCUGACAUACCAGGUCGACAAUACCGUUCCCGACUAUGUCAUCGGUGAUCCCUUCCGUCUGCGACAGAUUAUCUUGAACUUGGUCGGCAACGCCAUCAAGUUUACCGAACAUGGUGAGGUCAAGUUGACGAUCUGUAAAUCGGACCGUGAGCAAUGUGCUGCGAAUGAAUACGCCUUUGAGUUCUCCGUAUCCGAUACCGGUAUCGGUAUCGAGGAAGAUAAGCUUGAUUUGAUUUUCGACACCUUCCAACAAGCCGAUGGAUCAACCACGCGCAGAUUCGGUGGUACAGGCCUUGGUCUUUCUAUUUCGAAGCGUCUUGUGAACUUGAUGGGUGGUGAUGUCUGGGUCACUUCCGAGUAUGGCCAUGGCAGCACAUUCCACUUCACUUGUGUGGUGAAGCUUGCGGACCAAUCUUUGAAUGUCAUUGCAUCUCAGCUUCUGCCGUACAAGAACCACCGUGUUCUUUUCAUUGACAAGGGAGAGAACGCUGGUGAGGCAGAGAAUGUCUUGAAGAUGCUCAAAGAGAUUGAACUGGAACCGCUGGUCGUUGAGAAUGAGGACCAUGUCCCCCCACCAGAAAUCCAAGACCCUUCCGGAAAGGAGUCCGGCCACGCCUACGAUGUUAUCAUCGUCGACUCGGUAUCUACCGCUCGAUUACUCCGAACCUUUGAUGACUUUAAAUAUGUUCCUAUCGUUCUGGUCUGCCCAUUGGUCUGUGUUAGCUUAAAGUCCGCACUCGACCUUGGAAUCAGUUCCUAUAUGACGACACCCUGUCAACCGAUUGAUUUGGGCAACGGAAUGCUCCCGGCUCUUGAGGGCCGCUCUACGCCAAUCACUACGGAUCAUUCUCGCUCAUUUGACAUCCUUCUCGCCGAGGACAACGACGUUAACCAGAAACUCGCCGUGAAGAUCCUGGAGAAGCAUAACCAUAAUGUUUCUGUUGUGAGCAAUGGGCUGGAAGCUGUGGAAGCCGUGAAGCAACGUCGUUAUGAUGUUAUCCUCAUGGAUGUACAAAUGCCGGUGAUGGGUGGUUUCGAAGCCACUGGUAAGAUCCGAGAGUAUGAGAAAGAGAAUGGUCUGAGCCGAACACCAAUUAUUGCCCUCACUGCCCAUGCUAUGUUAGGUGACCGCGAGAAGUGUAUACAAGCCCAGAUGGACGAGUACCUAUCGAAACCUCUGAAGCAGAACCAGAUGAUGCAAACCAUUCUGAAAUGUGCCACUCUUGGCGGUUCGCUUUUGGAGAAGAGCAAGGAGUCUAGAAUCUCGAGUAGCGGGGAAAUGCACGCAGUUCACACGGGACCGGAUGGCAAGGCACAGCGUCCGAACAUGGAAACUCGAUCCAUCACAUCAUCCAGCGCCAUACACCGCGGGAACCUGUCAAGCCCAAGCACCGAAAAAGGCGAGAACCUUGCGAUGGAGAGGGCCUUGCUGCGGUCUAAUAGCUCGUGA